CCUUCCUUAUUAUUUCAGUAUGAGUGAUUAUUCCAACUAUAACCUCGGUGGUAGCAACGAUUUUAGUAAUAAAAAGCAAGAAGUUAUGGACCAAGUUCGUUCUGAACUUGCAUUGGCCAAUGCUCAAGAACUUAUUAAUAAAAUUAAUGAAAAGUGUUAUUUAAAGUGUGUUCCUAAACCUGGAUCUCGUCUUGAAUCUGGCGAACAAGCUUGUCUUUCAAAAUGUAUGGAUCGUUAUAUGGAAGCUUGGAAUGUCGUUUCUCGUGCUUAUGUCUCUAGACUUCAACGUGAAUCACAAGGUGGUAACCUUUAAGAAAAAAAAAAGUAUACAAAAACAAAAACAAACAAGAACUAGAAUAAGUGCUAUUUAACAUACUAUCACAAAGACAUACACGUUUGUUUGUUUGUUUUUUUCUCUCGUUUUUUCCUUUUUUUUUUUAAAAAAAAAAUGCAGACACGUAGAAACCAUAUACAUAUUUGCAGUUUUAUAUAUUGUAUUUUAUUUCACUUUACCAAAAAAAAAAAAUUUUUUUUUCCUUAAUAAAUGUAUAGUUCAUCUUAA